UCACUUCUUUCAAGGAGUUCAGGGGCGACUGUCAUAGACAAUUCAAAAAGUAUAGAGACCCUAAACAGGCACGUACCAACUUAUCGCACAGAUUGGUGGGACGUCUAGAAGAUUGGCAAUCAAUACAUGAGCCAUGCAUUUCAGGUGAGACUUAUAUAUUGUAAUGGUACAUUAUUUCAUUUAACUUUUUGUAUAUAUUAAUUUAACAAUUAUUUCCAUGCAUGAGCAAUCACGAACGAACAAGGUUGCUAAGCUACUAGACAAAAGUAGCCUUACAAUCAUAAUAGCGGGUCCAACUCGUUUAUACAACGACAACACGAGCUCAUUGAGAAACAUGGUCAGCCAAUCGAUCUUGUGGAGUUAUUCAAGGAAACACACCCUUGAAGUGGCCAAUUCGUUUCGCAGGCCAUUGAGGAUGCGCAUAAUCAGAUGCUGGAACUUUAGUCACAGCCCAUCCGAGAGGGUUCUCAACCACUCUAUGAGGACGAGAUAUGUGAAAAAGAUUUGGGUAAACGACCAAGCUACUCAAAAGGUCUGGGUUGGGUACCUAAGCCCAAGUCCCGCAAGAGUUGUGCUAGCAGUUCUUCGACCUCAUCUUUCCAAGCUAAAGAGGUCGAAUAAGCUAAAGUCUUGAUUGCAACAAAGAGUCGAGCUUGAUGAAGCUAAAGGGAUGAUUGAAGAAUAGAGAAGGACAUCGAAGCUGCACAUACAACAAAAGGAAGAAAUGAAGAAGAUGAUAGAAGAAAUGAGUCAAGCACAGAGGGGACCAUGAGCUCUUGCGGUACGUAUUUUUCAAUUAUUAAGUUUUUACUUUGCAUUAUUUAGUGAUAUGUGUAUCUAAACUUACUUUUGUAUCAUUAUAGGUGUGAACUUUUUGUAAUAUGAC